GCGAUCCUGGGAGGUCAGGACGUCAAGAUGGCGGCGCGCGCAGCGUUGGGGGCGGUGUACCGGCACCUACGGCAGGAGUUGGGGAAUUUGAUUGUAAAUAGCUCUAAGAUUGGUAUAUCCAAAAAUGAUGGCUUCCUGCUUACUACCAAUAUGAAGUGGGUCCAGUUUUCAAACCUACACAUCGAUAUUCCAAAGGACUUGACCAAACCUACGGUAUGUAUGUUGUGCUCCUCAAUUAAGGGGCUGUCUGUAUUAAACAGCCCGGUGCAGGCCUGGGACCCCAGCACUUAGGAGACUGAGGCAGGAGGAUCAGGAGUUCAAGGCUAUCAUCAGUCACAUACAGGUUCAAGGCCUGGGCUACAAGCAAACCUGUCUCAAAUAACAACACCAACAACACAAAAGGACCUAC